UGUUGAUAAUGUUUCUCAAGACAAUUCCUGUUCUCGCGGUAUUUCUUCUUCUACAAGUUUCUUGUGGAAACAGCGAUAGAAUUCUGGCUUUUUUCCCGGCCCCAGUUAAAAGCCACUUAAUUAUUCACACCGCUAUCACACAAGCUCUAGCUGAACUUGGUCACAAUAUCACUGUGGUAACAACUAUUCCAUUGACUACCAAAAAUCCCAAAUAUCGUCACAUUCAACUCGAUGGAUGUUCGAUACCGAAGAAUUUUUUCAAUGAAAAAGUUAACGAAGGACAACCAUUUUAUAAACAAUUUGUAUCUAUUACUCAAGUGAUCAAUAACUGUUCCAAUGUUACUUUGCAACAUCCUAAAAUGAGACAGCUUAUGGCUGAAGAACAAUUCGAUUUAGUGAUUAUGGGGUACUUUUUCAACGAAUUACAAGUGGGUCUUGCUGCUCAUUUUAAAUGCCCGAUUGUGAUAUCAUUUAUGGUUCAGCCAAUUCGGCUGAUAAAUGAAUUUGUUGGUAAUCCAAUGGAAGUUAGUUAUGUGCCAAAUUUGUUAAGUGGCGCUGAUCAACCGAUGAGCUUUUUGGAUAGAUUGAAGAAUUUCAUGAUUGUGGAGGUUUUGGAACCGGUUAUGUUGUAUUGGUUUGCAAACGGUCCACAGAAAAGUUUAUACGAGUACAACUUCCCUUCUGACAAGUACCCUUCAUUUGAUGAAGUCAAGAAGAAUGUAUCGCUUGUUUUGGUUAAUCAUCAUUUCAGUCAAGGACCUAUUCGACCAAAUGUACCAGGAUUAAUUGAAAUUGGAGGAAUUCAAGUAAAGGAUAAACCUGAUCCAUUGCCUGAGGAUAUCAAAUCUAUUAUGGACAAUGCCAAAAAUGGAAUAAUCUAUUUCAGUUUUGGUUCCAACAUUCAAGGUGAUAUCUUGAAUAAAGAAAAGGCGAAAAUAAUGUUUGAUGUGCUAUCCAAACUUCCUUAUACAAUUCUCUGGAAAUGGGGCAAAACUGAUUAUCCCGGGCAAGGCCCAAAUGUCAUUUACAAAACAUGGUUGCCACAAGAUGAUGUUUUAGCACAUCCAAAUGUCAAACUUUUCGUUACUCAUGGUGGUCAGGGAAGUAUCGUUGAGUCUCUAUAUCAUGGAGUUCCAAUGGUUGGAGUGCCAUUAUUUGGAGAACAACAUGUUAAUAUGGUGAAUGUUCAGAAAAAAGAAUAUGGCAGACAUGUUGAAUUUGUCACUAUGACGGAGGAAACGUUUGGCAAUGCAGUUAAUGAUGUCUUGACAAAUACAAAGUAUCGGAAGAGUGUUCAAAAGUUUGCUAAACUUUAUAAGGAUCGACCAAUGACUGCUAAGGAAAGUGUUGUUUUCUGGGUUGAGUAUGUUUUGAGACAUCAAGGUGCUGCACAUUUACAGAGUCCAGCAGUUCAUAUGAAUUCAUUUCAACUUAUGUCAUUGGAUGUGAUAGGAUUUUUGGCACUUGUGGGUUAUUUGGUGUUUAAGUUGUUAAAAUUGUUUGUGUGUUUUAUUUAUUCAAUGUGUAGACGUAGAAAUAAUAUGAAAAAUAAAAAAGAGUAAGU